AUGCGAAACUGUGGAAGUUCGCGAAACAAUUCUGAUGCUGAACAGAUGGCGGCGCUGCUUCAGCAGAAGGCGGAGUGGGGGAAUCCCCCCCAGCUGCGCUCGUGGGCGUUGGGGGGGGAUCCGUGCGCGGAUGGGUGGUGGGGCGUGGUGAGCUGCUCAAAGGACGAGUUUAACGAGACGAGAGUCUCUGCACUCAUGCUGCCAGGGAUGGGACUUGAAGGCUCGCUCCUACCCGACCUGGGAAGACUUUCCUGCCUCACCUUCCUGGACCUGAUGAACAACAAUGGCAUCAGAGGCACCCUGCCCAGUGCCCUCUCUUCACUCUCGCAACUCCAAGUGCUUAGCCUGCGCAACUGCUCCUUAACGGGCCGCAUCCCUGCUGUGUACGGUGCUCUCUCCGCGCUGCAAGUGCUGCUGCUAGACUCCAACCGCCUGCAAGGGCCGCUGCUGGGGGAGGAGUCCCGAGGGCUGAUCAGCCUGGAGCAUGUUGAUUUGUCGGAUAAUGAGCUGGAGGGUGGUGUCUCGUUCUUCCCUCGCCUGGCGUCGCUCAAGCACCUGCUGCUCGGUUGGAACCGCUUUUCCAUUCUGCCAGGAAAGCUAGGCUUUCUUCCCAACCUCCGCACGCUAGUGUUGGAUCACAACCGGAUCGGCAACACACUUUCUGAGCGCCUCUCCUCCCUCUCCAACCUUCAAACACUGGUGUUGGACAACAAUCCCAUCGGUGGGUCUCUCCCUGCUGGAUUCUCGGCUCUCACCAACCUUGUCACCAUCUCUCUGUCGCGCUGUCAGGUGGGGAACGCCCUGUUCAACACGUCACUCCUCAUCAACCUCCAAAAGAUUGAUGUGAGUGACAACGAGAUUUUGUACAAUGUGCAAGACGCCUUGGGAGCUUCUCUGAGAAAUCUGCGCCAUGUCAACACAGACAACAAUAACAUCGACAAACAACUCCCGGACCUCUCAGCUUCAGCAGCCUCCGGCGCGCUACACUAUGUCUCCCUUAUAAACAACGAGCUGGACGACACAGGCGGCAAGAUCCGCCGAAAAACGCCCCAAUACCUCUUAGACCUCAUUUCCAACAACUCCCUCCGCCUCUGGGGAAACCCCUUCUGCAAUUUCACUUUUGCAAUCCCCGCCCUCACUCCCGCCUGCGACCGCUAUAACGACAAGAUCCAGCCUCCAGUCUUCCUCCCUUCUCCCGGUGCCUCUCUUGAUGAUAUAGUUUUCACCUCAGACCCUUUCUGUCCCUCGCACACCUGUGAUCCCACCGCUGCCGCUGCUUACCCCAGCUAUUAUGCCUACAGGGUAGCAGCAGCUUGCAUCUGUGCCAAGGCGCUAAAAGUCUUUCUUAGACUCGUGCACUCACCGAAUCUGUUCUUCUCUAAGACUCUAGCAACAGACCUGCAGCGGGGAUUGGAAGCGCAGUUUGGGUGGGAAACUGGGCAGGCGUGGGUUCGGCAGGUGCGGACGAAAAGGGACGGCUCUCAGCUGCUGGAGGUUUUGAUUUUUCUGCCCGGCGGGCAGAAAUGGACGGCUGCGAUUGUGAAUGCGGUGGUGAUGAGGUUCGUGCGGCAUAACGUCUCCAUGGGAGUCAGCUAUGGGCCGUACCGGUUCGAAGGAUUCACCUCCCCAAUUCCACUCACACUCACAACGCUUAAGAUCCCAGGGGUGAUGAAGGGAGACGAGUGGGAGAUCACGAUCAGUCCGUCGGAUUCAAAGAGAAUCAACGGCCGACAGACGUUCCUGGUGCACGGGGUCUGUUUCUUCCGAUAUGACGAUUUGAUUGCUGCUACCGACCAUUUCUCGCACGUGAUUGGCCACGGGUCCUUUGCUGACGUGUACCUCGGGCACUUGGACGAAAGCAUGCUCCCAGAAUCAGCCGCUGCGGGGAAGGAAAAAGGGCAGGCGAACGGGCAGGUUGAAAAAAAGCCGCAUGGCACUCUAGGCAGUGGUGGUGCUGCUACUGAUGCUGUCGCUGCUGCUGCUGAUGCUGCUGCUGAUGCUGCUGAGACGGAUUCCUCUCCUGCUGCUGGUGCUGCUGUUGCUGGUAUCCAAACUGAUGGCUCCUCCACCACUGCCCCUUCGACAAUGAAAGAAGCACCGUUUGACUCGUCCCAAGGGACGCCAGUGGCUGUGAAGCGCGUGCGAGAAGCAGCCCUCCGCUCCGACUUCUCCCUCUCAACAUUCAUAAACGAGAUCAAAGUGCUCUCUUCUAUAAGCCACCCGAACCUCGUACCCCUUAUAGGCUUCUGCAGGGAAGCGCAAGAGCUCAUGCUCGUCUACACCUACGCUCCAAACGGGUCCCUAUUCGAUAAUCUCCACGGCGGGCUAAAAGAGCAGGGCGGGUUGAGGGACUGGGGGCGUAGGAUUGAUGUGCUGGUGGGGGCGGCGAGGGGGUUGGAGUAUUUGCACGGGGGGUUGGAGGUGCCGAUUGUUCAUUCGGAUGUGAAGCCGGAGAAUAUUCUCAUUGCUGCGUCGUGGGAGGGUCUGCUGUCGGAUUUCGGGCUGAGUGAGUUCGUACGGGAGUCUUCGGUGCACACGCCUGCUUCAACAAUCGUCAGAGUGAAGGGAUCUGUGGGUUAUGUGUGUCCAGAAUAUUCAUCAACGGGGGUGCUCAACUCAAAGUGCGACGUGUACAGCCUUGGGAUUGUCAUAUUGGAGACAGCCACGGGCCUGCCACCUCAGAUCGAGGACCAGCAUCUCGGGACCUCCACGCACAUCCGCGACCUGGUCUCUGCAUUGCUCCGGAAGCACGACAGUGAUCCCUCAGCAGUGCUCGACCCUGCACUGCCCUCCAACCUCCCCAAGGUCCCCGCCUGGCGCCUGCUGCAGCUGGCUCUGCGCUGCACCGCCCCCACUGGCCGCGAUCGGCCGCACAUGGGGGAGGUGCUAUCUGAGCUGCUCUUUGUGCAGAAUGCCGUGAGGAAAUUGUGA